AUGCUAGCUGCGGAAAAAGCGAAAGCGGAAGCUUCACAGAAAACUGCUUCACAUAAAAGUGUAUCUAAUUUACCACCACCUGAAGGUAUUGACGUGGAAUUUGAUGAAGUUAGUAAUCCUCACCAAGGUACGGUUGUUGGUCCUGAAGGGGGUACAUUAAUUAGCUCACGUUUUGGCAUAAGAAUUAUAAUACCACCAAACUCAGUUCAGUCGCCGGUUAAAAUUGAAUGCAGAUUAUUAGAGAAAAAGGGUAAUAGUGGACGAACUAUACAACCCAAUUUAAAAGACGCUGAAGCUUUGGCAAAUCGUGUGUUAGAAAUUAGUCCAGCAGGUACAUACUUUUCGAAGCCUGUCAGCAUCGAAAUACCUUAUUAUAUCGCUAUUGAAGGCUAUAGUCGAGAAAUUUGUGUUAUGAGUAGUGAAAGAGGUGACGGCUGGAGUGAUUGUAAGUCCUGUAGAGUGUUGCCAAUUGAUGAAAACAGCGACGACGAUGAAUACUACGUUGCCAUCAGUACACAAAGUCUCCCCUCUUACUUUGCCGUAAUUAGUCGCAUUUGUCGUGAAGAUGCUGACAUAAGUAACGAUGGCGGUGCAAUUUUCUCUUCAUUUGUUCCCUUCGUAAGAGUUGAUGUUCCUCCAGGAUGCUUUCAUAAAGAAAGUGAUUCUUAUAUCCAGGUCUUACCGGUUUAUCCUGAUGAUUUAUCAGUAACUAGUGUGUCUGGUGCAACACCAGUGGUGACAUUGGAGCCUCGAAUUCGAUUGAAGCAAGCUGUAACGAUAACUCUUCCCGAUCUGGUAUUACAUCCUAAGGCAGAUCCUAAUAGUCCUAUCCGCUUACUGAGAAGCAUAACCCCUUACGAUAAGCAACCACAAUGGGAAGAUAUCACUGACUCAACAGAAAUUAUUGAUGAAGGAAAUGGCAUACUUUCUUUUAGUACCAAUCAAUUUGCACGAUAUUGGAUUAUCCAAGUCCGACAAGCUUUGACUGCGAAAGAUAAAGGAUCAACAUUAUACCGCAAGAUAACUGCCGUCCCUUACUUAGCUAAUGUAGCAAUUUUUGCUAACUCCUAUCAGCCUGGAGAAGCUAGCAUGCGUAUUGCCUGCAUGACCAAUGAUGGUCUAUAUGAUAGUUUAGAUUUUCACGAAGGGAUGGUCCAAAUUGCAAGUAAGGAAAAUGUUCCAAUCAUUGAUGGAAGCCGAGUUAGUAUACAAUGUAGUGGAAAUUUAUUACCUAUCAAAGCCAAAUCUGCUUCAUGGCAAAUGGAUUUCAAACCUUAUCGCGAGAACGUAUUAGAUGGUAGCGUUCGUGUAACUACACCCAGCGAUCCACCAAAAGGGUUAAUGUCCUUUGUGCGUGAUGCUAAAGUUGACGGGAGAACAGUAUCGCAGAUGUUGUGCACUUUGGGUGUUGUAUUGCCACAAGGAGAAGGACCCGAAGGUAAUGUAACUAUCAGCCAUGAAUAUCGAGUCUUUGCUGAAACUAUGGAUGUCGCUAUUAAAGAAAUUACUGAGCAUGGUAUCGGUAAUAGCGAGUCAAACGAUGAUCAGAGUAAUAUUGCUAGCGUGGCUGCAGUGAUCGGUAACGAUUGGCCUCAGUUAGCUAGGGAAUUGCAGUUAAAAGAAUCAGACAUAAAAGCAAUUGAUGCAGAAUGCUCACCAAAUAGUACAGCUGCUGCACAGAAUAUUUUACAUACAUGGGCUGUUAGAUCAGGUAGAGAUGCCACUGGUGUUAAACUAGAAUCUGCACUGGUUGGAAUUGGAAGAGAAGACGUCAUCGAGCAUUUUGAAUCAGAAGUAGCAAGUGGAGUUACAUACGAAAAGACUCAAUUACCUGGCGGUCAAAUUGUUAUUAAGAAGAAAAUCUCGCGAAGAUUACCUCUGGAAGAAAUUGAAAAACUGAAAAGAAGUAAAGAUACUGUAGUAACGGCUGAAGGUCACAUCGUACAAACAAAGCAAACUGUCAUCACAGGCAGCAGUAGUGAUAGAGAUCAAAUGUUAGCCAAGUUACGGCAACAAAUGGAUCUGGAUGAGCAAGAAUUACGAAAUAGUGCAGCGGGCGAAAUUUUAUCUGAAGAAAUUGAAUUUCAGCAUGAGGACGUAGACAUAGAUUUGGUAGAUGAAAUUAGAACUGACGUUGAACGAAGAAAAUACGACGGUUAUGCUCGCCAACAGUCAGCUAAAAGUGGCUACGGCGGAAAUUAG